GCGAUUCUGACAUAACUGAUGACAUUGCAGAUCCAGCUGUUCAGCACAAUUUCUCACCACAUCAUGUCUCUGACAAACAGAGUGAUGGUGGUCAUGAUGGUGAUGAUGAUGAUGAUGAUGGUGGUGAUGAUGAUAAUGGUCCAGAUGGGGCCCAGGAUCUGGGAAGGGCCAGAACCACCAUUAACACCGUUCCCCAGAGACUCGAAACCUUCGAGGAAAUUCCCCAAAACGAUGAGAUUACAGACAAUCUUAGGGGUCCACCUGGGCCCUCUCUUCCCCGAUGUGAAGCUCAGACAGAACCAAGCCACUGUGCUGUGGGCUGUCAGUCAGGACUGGGAGAAGCCCAAAACUCCACCUCGAAUGUCACCACAGGUGAUGUGCAAAUGGAUGAAGGUGUGGGUGGCCGGAAAACACCAGAGCAAUACAGUGACAUAACCUCAAAUAUGAAUAAGUUGGGUAAAGUUAUAUGUUCUGAACUAACAGACAGCCAAUUCCUGCUGGAGACAAAUGACAAAGUGACCUCCACGAACAGUGCGACGGAUUUACAAUCAGUACUUAAAGACCAUAAGGAUGCAUCACUGACAACGGAUACAGUUCAGGGGUUACCGAGUCCUCAAGUGACGGUAACACCAGAGAGGUAUGGCAGAGGAACCUCGAAAAUUGAUACCAUAUCCGAAGUGACGAGUUCUGAGGAGACGGACGGCGCCUCGGAAACGGAGGCUUUGAGUGAGGUGCCACCACCCGGUGCAGCCCACGGCCAGAUGGCUGGAGUGCAAAGCCACAAAGAAACCUCAGAAAAAAUGUUGAGUCAAGAGUCGUCAUGUGAGGCAGUGCUUGAUGAUGGAGAGAGAGUGAUUGAUCAGGGUGAGGGAAUGAUUGAUCAGGGUGAGGGAGUGAUUAGUCAGGGGAAAGGAGGGAUUGAUCACGGAGAGGGAAUGAUCAGUCAAAGAGAGAGAGUGACUGAUCAUGGACAGCUGGAAAAGCACAGCAAUGUAGCCUGUAUGUUCGGCGAGCUGGCACACUUUGAAAAAGUACAUGUCCAAACAAUUGAGGAGGAGCAGGACGUGGACACCCCAGAGGUGGAGAGGGGCAGUGAAGGCCUGGCGUCUGGAGAACCUGGAAGGACUUCUCAUAAGGCAGGAAGUGAGGCAGAAGCAUGUAACCAGAAGGCAGAGAACAGCACAGUCAAAUUGCGUGCGGGAAAGGGAUCCAGAGGAGAGAGAGAGCGGUCUCGUCUGGACUCCAUGGUGUUGCUGAUGAUGAAGCUGGACCAGCUGGACCAGGACAUCGAGAAUGCUCUGAGUGCCUCAUCCUCAGUGUCCAGCGUCCCCUCUCUCACAAGAGCACACCUCUCUGAACAGGAUUUUGAGACCUGCUCCGCUGUGACAUCACCAGCACCAGUGACCCAGACGGCUCCCGGAGCCAAGCCCAAGACCAUGGGGAUGCCAGCCGUUUCGGAGAAGGAGAGGGCGGGGUUCGGAGCUCUGCGAGGCACCUGGCGGAGCGCAACGCUGGUUCGCAUUCCGCGGAGGCUCUCCUCACGGGGUCAGACUGCCCCCCCAGACGCCCCUCCACCAGGUGUUUCAGAUUACCCUGACGGCACGCUGCGAUGCAGAGCGUGA